AUGCCAAGCAGGCCAGUCAGAACGAGGGUACUGCCACUUCCAUAUGGUUCCUACAAAAUUCUCUCAUCCAUCAACCUUCAGGCACAGGUCCCUGAACUGCAAGCCCAGCAUGGCUCAAGGAGAAAGCCAUUUCUCAGGAAAAAGCAAAGCAAAGAAAGGAGGGCCCUGCAGAAAGACAGGAAAGAGGAUGACAGGGAGGGAGUUAUGUGGAUGACAGACAUUUUGCCACAAUGGUUACCUGGCCCUGAGACCCUGAGCACCUGGCCAGAGAUGCUGGGCAGUGUGUGCUGUUUCAUGAAAGGAGCUCUGUGUGCUGCUGGGGAGACUGAGCCAAAAGCUAGAGGUUCCCUGUACGGGCUUGUGCACAUGAUGUGGGCUGUAGAAAACCUCACAGUUGAUAUCCGUGAUGACAGUGCUUCAUCAGAUCAAGGUGAACAGCAGGCGAGAAUUGCCAUUUUUACUAUACAAAUUUUACAGCAAAUUAAAGCGGGGAAGCCGCCACAGCAGAGCUCAGAAGAAAAUAGACAUGGAGAUUCUUCAGAUGACGUGUCCAGUGGUGACUCCAUGAUAGAUCGGCCUAACUCUGUCAGACAGACUGGCAAUACAACAAGAAGUGGUCAGAGAGGAAAUCAGUCCUGGAGGGCAGUGAGCCAGACUAAUCCAAACAGUGGUGAUUUCAAAUUCAGUUUAGAGACAAAUGUUAACCGUAAUAAUGGAAGCCAAACUCCAGAGAAUGAAAAUGAACCAUCUGCUACAUGUCUUAGUGUAGAAAACAUGGACAGCAGCAGCCAAAGGCAAAUGGAAAAUUCAGGAUCUGACACAUCAUCUGCCAGACCACCUAGGUCAGAACGCAGUUCUGCUGAAGCAUUAACAGAAGUGUCAUCCACAAGAGGUCGGAGGAGGGCAAGAAGCUGGAAACCCGAACACCAGAGAAGAACCAGAGUCAGAGCUGAAAGAAGUCGGACUCUGCGCCCAGCAAAUGAAAUUCCACGAAGAUCUCAUCAUAGCAUCUCACCUCAGACUUUUGAGCACCCUUUGGUAAAUGAGAUCGAGGGAAGUUCUAGAGCCCCUCGCCAUGGGACUUUGAGACAGCAGAUAACUGGACCUGAGAUGCUAGGUAGAGGUCCUUUUGCAGCUUCUGGGUCAAGAAAUUCUGCCACUCAAGGGACAAGUUCUUCAGACACCGGUACCAAUGGUGAAGCGGCAGGAUCUGGUCAAAGACCUCCAACCAGAGACCUUCAAGUCAGAACAAGAAUUCUGCUGGGAGAAUACCAGCAGAGAGAUGGCAUAGCUAGCAGAACUCGGUCAAGGUCUCAGACCCCAAACAACAUGGUCACUUAUGAAAGUGAACAUGGAGGUUUUAUACGCACCUUUACACUUUCUGAACGUGCAGGUGGGAGAACCUAUGUGAGUACUGAUGGGUUUUCCACUCUUACAAUCUUCAAUACUGGAUCAAGGGAAGCUACACCUGUUCCAAUUCAAACCAGGUUAAGGCAGAGAACCACAGGUUUUGGCGAGCUUUCACGGAGUGGAAGAAGGAGCUCUGGUGGUAACAGCUCUGCUUCUGGCUCCAGCUCCAUCUCUGGCUCCAGUUCCAGUGGUGAAAGUUCACAACGUAGCUCAGAGAUGUUUCAAGGAGGUAAUGUAGGAACCCGACUUUACCGCUCUAACGACAACCACCAACCUAGAGGACUCACCAAAGAACAGAUUAACAACUUGACAAUGAGAAGUUUUAGUGAAAAUGAUUCAUUGAAGACAUGUAGUAUUUGCAUUACAGAAUACACAGAAGGCAACAAUCUUCGUAAGCUACCUUGCUCCCAUGAGUACCACGUCCACUGCAUCGACCGCUGGUUAUUGGAGAAUACCACCUGUCCCAUUUGUCGCCGGGCCGUCUUAUCUUCUGGGAACAGAGGAAGGGUGGUGUAA